AUGUCUAGAACAGCUCAAGCUGUAGCUUUCCUUCUCCUGGUAGUGGCCACAUCCACUGCAGUUUUUGUGCAGCCAGGGCUAGCCCAGGUGCAGCCACCACCAGCUGGAACCAUACCACAAAUUCCAGGCCUAUUCCCACCUGGAACCCCAAACGAUAUAAUGCAAUGCUGGUCAUCUAUAAUGAGCACCCUAGGAUGUGCAUGGGAAAUUUACAGGUCUCUUUUUAGCGGCCAAUUUGGCAACACUGGCCCUGCUUGUUGCCAGGCAAUUCUGUCUAUACAGGAAAAUUGCUGGCCUAAAAUGUUCCCUAUAAGUCCUAAUUUCCCACCAACUCUCAAGGAUAGCUGCUCCCAUAGUGGGGGCGCUGCUUCUUCUGCUAAAACCAUGUCAAUGAAAGCUGAAACAACUAUUUGCUGGCUGCUGUUGGCCACAUGUACUGCAGUAUUGAUCCAGCCAGGGCUAGCUCAGCUGCCCCCACCUUUAGGGAUCCUACCAUCACCAAUCUCAGGUCUGCUCCCACCAAGGACUCCGCGGGAUAUACAGCAAUGCUGGUCAGCUCUAAUCAACAUACAGGGAUGUAUAUGGGAAAUUUAUCGGUCCUUUUUCAGUGCCCAAUUUGGUCACAUUGGCCGUGAUUGCUGCAAGGCUUUUGCCACAGUCAAUGGAAAUUGUUGGCCUAAAAUGUUUCCCUUCAACCCUUUCUUCCCACCCUUGCUCAAGGAUAGUUGUGCUCGCUUCGCUGCGGUUGCCCCGGCCCCUAAGUGA